AUGGAAGAGAAGGGUCUUACGUAUGACAUCUGUCCCCCUGCAGUCUUACCAUCUGGGAGUGACGAGAGCCACGUGUCAAAGCGUACUGACAAGAAGCCAAGCAAGUCCGAUCUCUGCCAGAGCACGAGUCUGGGGUGUCACAGGCGAACAUAUAUAAACAAGAAACCGCACAAGUGUGACCUCUGCCCGGCAGAGUUCAGCUGGAUUGCGCACCUGCGACUUCACAAGCGAGCGCACACUGGCAAAAAGCCACACAAGUGCGACGGCAGCCCGUCAGAGUUGAGCCAGAGCUUCCAGCUACAGCGUCACAAAGAGAGAAACUCAGGCGAGAAGCCGUACAAGUGCCAUCUCUGUCCUGCAAAGUACAGCCAUAGUAGGAGCCUGAGAUAUCACAAGCAAACACACACGGGCAAAAAGCCACACAAGUGCGACGUCUGCCCUGCGGAGUUCAUCCGGAACGAUCAACUGCUGCUUCACAAGCGAACGCACACGGACGAGAAGCCAUACAAGUGCGAUGUCUGCCCUGCAGUGUUCAGCAGGGGCGGGAAUCUACAGCAGCACAUGCGGAUGCACACGAGUGAGAAGCCGUACAAGUGCCAUCUCUGUCCUGCAAAGUACAGCCAUAGUAGGAGCCUGAGAUAUCACAAGCAAACACACACGGGCAAAAAGCCACACAAGUGCGACGUCUGCCCUGCGAAGUUCAUCCGGAACGAUCAACUGCUGCUUCACAAGCGAACGCACACGGACGAGAAGCCAUACAAGUGCGAUGUCUGCCCUGCAGUGUUCAGCAGGGGCGGGAAUCUACAGCAGCACAUGCGGAUGCACACGAGUGAGAAGCAGUACAAGUGUGACCUCUGUCCUGCAGAGUUCAGGCACAGCUCGAGCCUGUCAUAUCACAGGCGGACACACACGGACGAGAAGCCCUACAAGUGUGAUGUCUGUCCAGCAGUGUUCAGACAGAGUGGGAACCUAAAGCAGCACAAGAGGGUACACACGGGUGAGAAGCCAUACAAGUGCGAUGUCUGUCCAGCGGUGUUCACCCAGAGCGGGAACCUAAAGCAGCACAAGAGGGUACACACGGGUGAGAAGCCAUGCAAGUGUGAUGUCUGUCCUGCGGAGUUCAGCCAGAGCAGGAGUCUACAGCUGCACAAGAGCAUACACACUGACAAGAAGCCAUUCAAGUGUGAUGUCUGCCCUGCGGAGUUCAGUCAGAGAGGGCAGUUACAGCAGCGCACGUGGACGCACGCGGGCAAAAAGCCGCACAAGUGCGAUGUCAGCCCUGCGGAGUUCAGCAGGGCCGGGAAUCUACAGCAGCACAUGCGGAUGCACACGAGUGAGAAGCAGUACAAGUGCGACCUCUGUCCUGCAGAGUACAGGAACAGCUCGAGCCUGUCAUAUCACAGGUGGACGCACACGGGCGAGAAGCCAUACAAGUGUGAUGUCUGUCCAGCAGUGUUCAGCCAGAGGGGGAACCUAAAGAAGCACAAGAGGGUACACACAGGUGAGACGCCAUACAAGUGUGAUGUCUGCCCUGCGGAGUUCAACCAGGGCAGGAGCCUAAAGCAGCACAAGAGGGUACACAAGGGCGAGAAGCCAUACAAGUGUGAUGUCUGUCAAGCGGUGUUCAGCCAGAGCGGGAACCUAACGCAGCACAAGAGGGUACACAUGGGUGAGACGCCAUAGAAGUGUGAUGUCUGCCCUGCGGAGUUCAGCCAGAGCGGGAGUCUACAGUUCCACAAGAGGGUCCACACGGGUGAGACGCUAUACAAGUGUGAUGUCUGCCCUGCGGAGUUCAGCCAGAGCGGGAGUCUACAGCUGCACAGUA